AUGUGUCGUAAGCUACAGGCCUAUUUGCUCGCCAAAUAUCGAAAGGGGGAGAUCGCGUUAGCAAACCAGCCUCAAAACACCGUGCCGCAAAACAACGAAGCUCGACCAACGGCUCCCACCGAUCAACUUCCACCCCCUCCCCCAACGAACGAGCGAUCCAACGACGAUCCUGCAAAGAGAGACCGAGAAAGUGAUGCGAUCACAUUCACCGAGGCCGACACGGAAGGAGUCGACAUGCCACACAACGAUCCGCUUGUGGUCGAGCUACGGAUCGCAGAUUGCGAAGUAUCUCGGAUACUGGUCGAUACAGGGAGCUCAGUAGACCUGAUUUUCAAAGAAACACUCGACAAAAUGGAAUUGGCGAACCAUCACCUCAAGUCCUCGGUUAAGCCACUUACAGGAUUCGACGGAGAUAUGGUUUACUCGAUCGGGACGAUCAGGCUUCCAGUUUACGCGGCAAAGACGACUCGCCUUGUCAAAUUUGUCGUCGUCGACCAACCCGCCAUCUAUUACAUAUCGAGACUCUGCUUCGCCGCCGAGCAUAAGCUUCGGUUCAAAUCCACGGUCCCAGCCAAGGCAUGUCUUACGAUCUUACCCGUAACUCAAGAUGAUUUGCCAACCCAAGAAAGACCCAAGCAGGAGCUCGUCGUCCAAGUAAACAUCGACGAAAGCGACCCUGAACGAUGCGUAGGAAUCGGAGCUGAUCUAAAGGAGGAGAUCAAGGUCGAGCUCGUACGACUUCUUCGCCGAAACGCAUCGACAUUAGCCUGGUCAGUAAGCGACAUGCCUGGGAUCGAUCCCUCAAUAACAAGUCACGAGCUCAACAUCGAUCCUACUUUUAAACCGAUCAAGCAAAAGUGGAGAAAGUUAGGUUUCGAAAAGGCGCAGACCGUCAAUGAUGAAGUCGAACGUUUGUCGAAGGCCGGCUCGAUCAUCGAGGUCAAAUAUCCAGAAUGGCUGGCAAACCCUGUUGUCGUCAAAAAGAAGAAUGGCAAAUGGCGAAUCUGCGUAGACUUCACCGAUCUCAAUAAAGCCUGCCCCAAGGAUAGUUUCCCUCUACCGCAUAUCAAUCGAAUCGUCGAGGCAACUGCAGGGAACGAGCUCUUGUCGUUCAUGGACGCCUUCUCUGGAAAUAAUCAAAUCACGAUACAUCCCGAGGAUCGUGAGAAUACGUCCUUCAUCACCGAUCGAGGGACUUAUUGUUAUAAGGUAAUGCCGUUCGGCUUAAAGAAAGCGGGCGCAACGUACCAACGACUAGUCAACCACAUGUUCGCCGAUCAGUUGGGACGAACGAUGGAGGUUUACAACGACGAUAUGCUAGUAAUGUCACUCACCGCCGGUGAUCACAUCGGCCAUCUGCAAGCUUGCUUCACCGUUCUAAAUCAAUACCAGAUGAAGUUCAAUCCGACUAAAUGUACCUUCGGGGUAACUUCCGGGGAAUUCCACGGCUACAUCGUCACUAAACGAGGAAUCGAGGCGAACCCGAAGCAGAUCGAUGCCCUAAUCAAUCUCCCUUCACCUCGCAACACUCGCGAGCUCCUCCGAGGCAACAAGCGUUUCGAAUGGGAUAGCAAGUGUGAAGAAGCUUUCCAACAACUUAAGGAAUACCUCGCCAGCCCACCGAUUUUAGCAAAACCCGAAACAGGCGAAACGCUCUACCUAUACAUCGCUGUGCCGAGCUCGGCGGCUAGCGGAGUCUUAGUCAAAGAAGAUCGAGGCGAGCAGAAACCGAUUUUCUACGUUAGUAAAACUCUCGACGACGCAGAAAAACGGUAUCCGACUUUGGAGAAACUCGCGCUCGCGGUCAUCAUGUCCGCCAGAAAGCUACGACCCUACUUUCAAUCCCAUUCAGUCGUCGUCUUGACCAAUCAACCACUUCGAACGAUACUGCACAGCCCGAGCCAGUCAGGUCGCAUGGCAAAGUGGGCUGUCGAGCUGACAGAGUACGAUAUUGAAUAUCGCAAUAAGAUAAGUGCCAAAUCGCAGGUCCUCGCGGAUUUUCUGGUAGAGCUUCCGCCGGAACUAAUCCAGACCGACCUACCCGAUGAGAAGUGGUCCUUGUACGUCGACGGAUCCUCUUCAUCUCGAGGCGCAGGUAUUGGCAUUCGACUAGAGUCUCCGACAAAAGAGAUAUUGGAGCAAUCGUUCCGGCUCGAAUUUCCAGCCUCGAAUAAUGAAGCAGAAUACGAGGCUUUACUCGCAGGACUUCGUCUAGCCCAAGGUAUCGGGGUCAAGAAAAUCGAAGCUUUCUGCGACUCCCAGCUCGUCGCCAGCCAAUACAGCGGCGACUACGACACCAGACACGACCGGAUAGACUUGUAUCUUAAAGCCGUCAAGAACCUCACUGAUCGCUUCGAAUUUUUCUCACUCACCAAAAUUCCGAGGAGUGAGAACGCCUCGGUAGACGCACUAGCCGCCCUCACAUCGACGUCCGAAUCACAUCAAAGGCGCGUGAUCCCGGUCGAAAGCAUCGAUUCCCCCAGCAUCGUCUUACCUCGAGGAGUAUGUGCAGUUCGCGGGCUCGAAGCAAACGGGUUAGACGCCAUAGAAUUACCUCCCCCGAGGUAA